AUGGUCUCUCUUCGUUACAAGCUUUUAGAGGAGCAUACAUGCGCGUGGGGAACUGACGUCAUCGACCUACCCCCUGCGAUGGCUUUGCGUGCGUGUUGGGGCGCGUUGUUGAGUUUGGCGUGCGUGUGCACGGCGCUGGUUUGUCCCGACGGCAGCUCCUGCCCGGACGGAAGCACGUGCUGUAAAGACGCGCUGGGACGCUACGGCUGCUGCCCGCUGCUUCGAGCCGUUUGCUGCUCGGACGGCCUCCAUUGUUGUCCGGAAGCGACCGUGUGCGACCUGGAGCAUGCCACGUGUACCAAUAAGAUGGUGACCCUUCCCUGGAAGAGGUCACUUCCCGCUACGCAGGUGGGGGCACAAGUGAACGACGGCGCGUCGGCCGUCAUGUGCCCGGAUCGGCAGUCCGAGUGCCCGGACGCCGCCACGUGUUGCGAGCUUCCCAACGGCUCCUGGGGGUGCUGCCCGCUAACCAAGGCGGUGUGUUGCGACGACAAGCUCCACUGUUGCCCCGAGGGAAGCGUCUGCGAUCUGGUCCAGUCCAGAUGCGUGUCGCCGGGUGGAGAGCGGCGACCUUUACUGGACAAAUUUCCCGCCGGGACCCGUCCGAACGCUCCGGCGGGUAGGGGGCGCGACGAACUCCGGAACAUCUCGGCACUCGACCGACGGGACGUAGCGGUUCGCGCCGAGCCCGCCGACCUGGAGUGUCCCGACAAGAGGUCGACGUGUCCCGACGAGACCACGUGCUGCCAGAUGAGUUCGGGCGAGUACGGCUGCUGCCCCAUGCCCGACGCCACAUGCUGUUCGGACAAACUCCACUGUUGCCCUCACGGCACCGUUUGCAAUUUAACCGCCGGCACGUGUGACGAACCCAGAAGUGGCGGCGGCGGCGGCGUCUCCCGGGAGCCGGAGACCCCGUCCCUCCCCCGGCCGGCCAAAGCGGCGGGCGCCAAUGCUUGCGAUGAGCGGACCCGCUGCCCCGAAGGCGCCAGCUGCUGCUUCAUGAAGAGCGCCGGCGAGUGGGGUUGCUGCCCGCUGCCGCGGGCGGUGUGCUGCGAGGACGGUUCCCACUGCUGCCCCGCCGGGCACACGUGCCGGCCGCAUCGUUCGUCCUGCUCCCGAGGACUCGGCGAGGUCCCCUGGCUGGCCAAAAUUCCCGCCUUGGCCACCGCGGCGGACGUCAAGUGCGACGACAAGAGCAGCUGCGCGGCGGGCACCACCUGCUGCGAGCUGCCCACCGGAGAGUGGGGGUGCUGCCCGCUCGUCAAGGCCGUGUGCUGCGCCGACCGCGAGCACUGCUGCCCGCAGGGUUACUCGUGCAACAUGGCGACGGGAACGUGCGAGAAGACUACGCCGGAGGCGGCGCCCUGCGACGCCGAGGGCGCCUUCGCCUGCGCCGAGGGAGAGACGUGCUGUCGGAGCUCCGCCUCCCGGUGGGCCUGCUGCCCGUCCCCCCAGGCGGUUUGCUGCGCCGACAUGAAGCACUGUUGCCCCGCCCACUUUUCCUGCGAUCCGAACGGCGGCUGCGUCCGGACGCCGUCUAAAAUCGCCGACCCGGGUCUUCUUUAA